AUGACCAAACCAACCUUGACAUACUUUCCAGUUCGUGGAAGAGUUCAAUUUCCAAGAUGUUUAUUAGAAUACCUUGGUGAAGAAUAUAAUUUUAACGAGGUUAAAACUAUAUCUGAUGAUUUAAGAAAACAAUUAUUGUUUAAACAACUACCACUUUAUCAAGAAGGAGAUUUCAAAAUCGUUCAAACUCCUGCAAUAAUUGAUUACAUUUCAGAGAAACAUGAUUUUCGUGGUAAAACCAAAGAAGAAAGAGCAAGAGCUCAUCAAUGUUUAGCAGGUAUAAUGGAAGUUUUGGACCAUUGUUUGGGAUAUUCAUUUAAAAUGGAUAAACAACAACAAGAAAAAUUCAGAAAUGAAAGUCCAAUAAAGAAAUUUUUUGAAGGUUUUGAAAUGGUACUUUCUCAAAAUAAAUAUUUGGCAUCUGGUGAAAAAGAAACUUAUGUUGAUCUUAUGGCAUUUGUAAUGGUUGACUAUGUCACUAAUUUGGGUCUUAUGCCAAGUGGUGAUUAUCCUAAACUAAUCUCUUUGAAAAAACAUUAUGAAUCAUCACCACAACUUAAAAAAUAUUUGGAAUCAAGACCACAAUCUAAUUUCUAG